AUGCUUUUAUGGGAAAUUGCUGAAUUAAAACUUCCAUCCGAAGCUGUAUCUCAUUGUUCAAAUGAUCGAAUUGACCUUAAAGAAAUACUUCGUCGUCUCGGACAAUUAAAUCAUGAAUUAUCUUCUGUCCACUUAUCCUCUUUAAAUCUAAUGGCUUACGAUAUAACGAAAUGA